CUCGGUAAUCCAGGCUGAUGGGGAGUUAGACGGGGAUGUUGGACAUCGUGUUGGAGUGGCUUGGGCCAAAUGGCGGUUGGCUUCAGGGGUAUUGUGUGACCCGAAGAUUUCACCCAGGAUGAAAGGCAAGUUCUACCGAUCCGUAGUCAGACCUGCUAUGUUAUAUGGGGCAGAGUGUUGGGCGGUUAAGAAGACUCAUGUGCGUCGUCUGCAUGCGGCAGAGAUGCGGAUGUUACGAUGGAUGUGUGGGAAGACAAGGUUGGAUAGGAUUUUGAACGAAGUUAUUCGACGUCAGGUAGGCAUGGCGCCGGUGGAAGAUAAAUUGCGGGAAGCUAGGUUGAGAUGGUUGGGUCAUGUGAGACGGCGGGAUGCUGACGCCCCUGUUGAGCCGGGGGUCUCUUGGAAACAGUCUCCCUGCUUCCAAGUAGGGGCAAGACUCAAACAGAUCCUUUCUAAGCUUAUCUAUCAAGAACAUGCAGCUUUCCAGACUGGGAAGCAGAUUACUGAAUAUGUCUUGAUGGCCAAGGAGAUGGUGCAUCUACUUUCUGCUAAUGCUAGGGGAGGAAACUGCAUUAUUUAGUUGGACUUAUCCAAAGCUUUUGAUAAGUUUUCAUGGGCUUAUUUGGAGGGAAUUCUUAUCAAGUUUGGCUUCUCUUGGGACACCAUACACCUGCUCAUGGGAAAUCUCAAAGCAACACAUUUCUCUAUUUUAAUUAAUGGCCAACCUAAGGGCUUUCCCCCAUGAGGUGUGGGAUUAAGCAAGGUGAUUCACUCUCCCCUUUACUUUUUCAUCAUAGCUUUGGAAGGGCUGUCCAG